CUUGAUAAAGCGCAUAUAAUCAUACUGGAUACGAUUUAUCCAUUUCCAUGGCGUUACUAUCGACCCAGAGCCAAGCAGGUCACCUGGACCCAGGACUAACGCGGGCUCACCGGGUCUAAAGCGCUCGAUCUGUCGUGUUUCCGGCGAUGUCCGCGUCCUGCCUCGAUCUGCGCAGUGUUAUUUCAGCACCACCGCAGCUGGACAGCGACCGCAUGGACCGAGCUCUCGAUCCCAGCCGCCAAAACUCGCCAGACUCCGCCGGGGAAUACCAGACCCUCACGCUGCUACACACCGCGCCCGGGGGGCUCGGCAUGGCUCUGGAGGAGGAGCUGGCCAUGCUCACCCGCGAACGGGAGGAGGACCUGGAUGUAUCCGCCACGGAGGCACCUGUGAGCGGACAGAAUUCUGACCUACUGUCGCUCUUCCGGCAAAAAGAGAAGGAUUUGGUCCUUGCUGCUAAACUGGGCAAAGCUCUACUUGAACGGAACCAAGACCUCACAAAGCAAUAUGACAACAUGACCAAGGAUUUAAACGACAAACUCGAACUCCUGGAGCAGGAGAAGCACGAGCUGCGACGGCGUUUGGAGAGUCGUGAGGGCGAGUGGGAAGGCCGGGUGGCCGAACUGGAGACAGAUGUGCAACAGCUGCAGGGGGAGCUGGAGAGAAAUCAGGUGCAGCUGCGUGAGGCCGACCGUGACAAGAGCCGAGCCAUCAGUGAGCUGUCAGAACAAAACCAUCGCCUGCUGGAGCAGCUCAGCAGGGCCGCCGAGAUGGAGAAGCAGUUGUCUACUCAGGUUCAUUCUUUACGGGAUGAUUUCAAAGAGAAAAGUCUCUCCACCAACCAGCACAUGAUGCGCCUUGAGACCCUCCAGGCUGAGCAAGGGCUUGAAAUAAAGAUGUUGUCAGAUCGUAAGCAGGAACUUGAGCGACGUGUGAACGCCAUGCUGGAGGAAAACCAGCAGCUGCAGCACAUGAGUGAAGAGCUGAGAGAGCGAACGCUGGUGCUGGAGAAACUGUGUCACCAGAAGGACUUACAGCUGCGUCAGAGUCAGCUGGAGCUGCAGGAAGUGCGCAUGUCUCAACGGAAGCUGAGCGCUCGUUUGGAGGAGCUGAAGGAGGAACGCAGUCUACAGGGCUUCAGUCCGAACCCACACAGCAUCCUCUGUGAGAUCGAGCAGAGCAUGGAGCAGGAGGAGCUGGAGCAGGAGAGAGAGCAGCUCCGGCUGCAGCUGUGGGAGGCUUACUGUCAUGUGCGCUCCAUCUGUUCCCAGCUGAGAGGAAAUGACAUCACAGACUCCGCCUUAUCCACAGACUCAUCCAUGGACGAGUCUUCGGAGUCGCUGUCGGCUAAAGACGUCCCCACGGGGAGUUUGCACGCAAAUCUUCUGGAGCUGCGCAGACUCACGCAAAACCUGCUGGACGGCAACGAAUCUACGAGUUCACGGCGCAGUGAUGAGGACGUUCUGGAGGAGCAGGUGCGGAAACUAAACGAGGAGCUGCGAGAGCUUAGAGAACUGUACGAUCAGGAGCAAGAAAAAACACGCAACAGCCAGGAAGAGGUGCUACAGCUCCAUAACCAGGUGGCGUUGCUCUCAGUAGAAGUUUCUUCUUCGAGAGAGGAAAAUGAGCACUUGAGAGCGAUGGCAGAAGUACACAAGCCCAACGAACAGUUGCAGAGCGCUAUACGAGACAGAGAUGAAGCCAUUGUCAAGAAGAAAGCCGUAGAGAUGGAGCUGGCGAAGUGUAAGAUAGACAUCAUGUCUUUAAACAGUCAGCUGUUGGAUGCUAUACAGCAGAAACUCAACCUGUCUCAGCAGUUAGAAGCCUGGCAGGAUGAUAUGCACAGAGUUAUCGAUCAACAGCUGAUGGAUAAACACCAGGAGGAGUGGAAGGAUCCUCCGUACUCCUUCAACGGGUCACGAGGAGGAGCUCCAUCCAGACGAGUGCAUCGCCUCUCGAGAGGAGAAAAGCACCUCUUUUCAUUCUUCAAGAAGAACUGAGAUUAUCUGAAGACAUGGAGGAAGACAGUGUGAGAACAGACGUGAGAGAAGGCAGAAAGUCAGUCGAAAUCACCACAUCAGUGCUUCUCAACUGGUUUUG